ACAAGAUGAAACCGCAGUGAUGCGUUUCUUAUAUGAAAUUUACGUUUUUAUUUUAGUAAAUUUACCUCUGUAAAUAUUGUUUAGCAGCACACCGAGACCAAGAAUAUUCUAUUUACCUGCACCACAUUUCUGGCCAUGCAUUAACCUGCUGUAUCCUCCCAUUUCUACUCUUGCUAGCAUGUCGCUUAUGUAUGCGAUCCUGCUUUUUUAAGUUCCUCCCCAUUUCUUUAAAUUCUUGUCUAGAGGACUUCAAUUCUCUUCCUCCCUGCAUCACUAAUCAUGAUGUGGAUUGGGGAACCUGCAUCCGUGUGCACAUGGUGGAAAGUAAUAGGCAUAGCGGGAUGUCUUGCUAUCGUGGCGUUGGGCUUUCACAAGCUGCGCAAAACCAAGCAGAAAAUAUCGGUGCAUCUGAUCCAUAUGAGGGUGGCUGCACAGGGCUUUCUGGUGGGAGCGAUGACUUUGGGUGUUGCCUACUCUAUGUAUAAUGAUCACAUCAGGAAACCUCGGCAAAAAUGCAACCCUCUGCAAAAACAGCAGUUGUUCAUUAUUCUGCCAUUCACACCUCCUCUGGAGCCACUGUGUCAGGUCUCAAAGGAGAAGAAAUUCCUUCAAUCAGAGAACACAGAACAGAGAAGAGUACAAGAGAUAGUAGGAACCGCAGAUGCUGGAGAAUCCAAGACAACAAGGUGCAGAGCUGGAUGAACACAGCAGGCCAAGCAGCAUCAUAGGAGCAAAAAGGCUGAUGUUUUGGGCCGUACAGCACAGGAAUCAGGCUCUUCGGCCCAGCAUGUCUGCACCGACCAUGAUGCUAUUCUAAACAAAUCUGCCUGCACAUGGUCCAUAUCCCUCUAUUAUCUGCCUUUUCAUGUGUCUGUCUAAAUGCCUCGUAAACUUUGCUAUCAUGUUUGUUUCCACCACCUCCCCUGGCAGCACGUUCCAGGCACCCACCACCCUCUGUGUAAAAAAAUCUUAAAUCGCACUUCUCCUUUAAACUUUUCCCCUCUCAUCUUAAACCUAUGCUCCCUCGUAUUUGACAUUUUCACCCUGAGAAAAAGACUCCCAACUCCCCACCCAAUCCAUACCCCUCAAUUGUAUAUACUUCGAUCAGGUUGCCUCAGUCUCUGACGUUCUAGCGAAAAGAAUCCAAGUUGGUUACACUGAACGCACCAGCUACUAUCUAUAUGGAAGAAGGUGGCUUGAAUGAAUUGGCCAUCACCAACAUGUGGGCACAGGUCACAAGUCACAAGUCACAAGUCCCACUUAUAUAAAUCACUCGUCACUUUGACAAGAAAUGGGCAUGGCCUUAGGGGGGCAUGUCACGUCAUCCACCAAUUUCACUGCCAAAUUGGAGGAGGAACACCAACGGGACCAUGCAGGCACUGCAUGUAACAAAGGAGCUUCAGUCAGCGUGAAAUAUAGAAAUGGAACUUUACAAAGAUCCAAAUGUUAGAACAUACUCAAAACUCACCUUGACC